AUGAGGGAUGAGGGGGCAUCACGGCAGCGUCCCAGUUGUGGUGCGUGGCCUAGCGACUGCCUGGCGGCUGCGUGGCCAUCUGCGAUUCAGGGGCCACAAAGCAAUAUUCCUCAGGUCUUCCCUGGUCUUGAUUUCACCGUCCGGCUUGAAAGGACACCGCCUCCUAUGUCCCAAGGGACGACCCUUAGUGUGGCCAGCAAUCUCCGGCAGUCGCUGUCCCCUUACGGCUUCAUGUCUGUCUCUGCACAUCGUUAUUAUAGCCUGCAGGAAAACCAACCAGAACAUAAAAGUACAGAGAAUAUGCUGUGGCGCUGCUUCGCUGUCUGUCUGCUGGUGGUGACGGCCGGUGCUGUCCCGCUGGAGCUGUCGGGGCUGGCCGACGAGGAGGAGGCGGUGCAGCCAGUGGACGCCGGAGAGCCUGACCCUCCGGGAGCAGAGGAGUCGGCCGAGGCCUCUGGCGAGGCGACGGGUGGCGCCUCCUCGGAGAUCGCCAGCUUCCUCACCGAGAGCCUCACGGAGCUGGGACACAUGUUCUUCGGCACGCCCAGCAACGAGACAGAGAUGCAGCAUUCCGCUAGUGACGCGGAGGUGGGUUCUGCUACAGGCAAGAAAGUGUCGUCGUGGAGCAGCGAGAGCGGACACAACCCAGAAGAGGUGGGCGAGUACUUCCAGGGCGACAUCAUCCAGCCGAUGUCGAGGAACGGCAUCCGGGCCAAGGGCGCCCGCUGGCCGCACGGCGUCGUCCACUACCAGAUCAGCCCCGGCUUCAGUGACGAAGCAAUGGCGAACAUCAAGGGCGCGAUGCGCGCCUACCACAAGCUGACGUGCGUCCGCUUCCGGCCGUACACGGGCCGCGAGACGGACUACAUCUACAUCACGCACGGCAACACGGGCUGCUGGUCGAGCGUGGGGCGGCUGGGCGGCGCGCAGGAGGUCAACCUGCAGGACCCGGGCUGCACCGGCACGCUGGGCACGCCCGCGCACGAGCUCAUGCACGCGCUCGGCUUCCUGCACGAGCAGAACCGCUACGAGCGCGACAAGUACGUCACCAUCAACUGGCAGAACAUCGAGCCAGGUCGCGAGCUGAACUUCAAGAAGUCGACGAAAGAGGAAACCUUCGCUUAUGGAGUGAAGUACGACUACAAUAGUGUCAUGCACUAUUCUGCGAAUGCCUUCUCCAUCAACGGACAGCCCACGAUCGUGCCAGCAGAGAGCAAGGCGAAGCUGGGUCAGCGUAAAGGUCUGAGCAAGGGCGACCUGCGUAAGAUCAACGGCAUGUACAAGAAGGAGUGUCAGAAGCGCAAGUCAUCCAAGGCUUAA